AGUUUCGCUUGCUUCCAUUCAUUCGCAAUAUGGCCGGCUCGUGAGUAGGUUGUUUUCUUCGUCGUCGGCUGUCGCGUAACGCGUAGAGUUUCUUGGAUGACCUGAACUGAACAGCGGGGUGAGGGCAAUUCAGUUUAGAGGACGGGUGAAAAGUUCGAUAUCGACUCGAGCAGGGCUUUGGCUAGUGAGUGAAGUGAGCAGAAAACAUGGGGAGAUAGUGUUAAAUUUUCAUCAACGGGAAAAACCAACUGAAUAGUGGUGUAGAAUUAACCGGAUUGUGAAUGAAAAUUCGAUUGUAAGCAUACGGGGAAUAAACGGGAGUGAUAACUGGACUGAGAGAGGCACGAUGAAAAGAUGAAGUUUUGCGAUAAGUUAUUGAGAAGAUAAUUGUGAUUUUUGCUGAAAAGAUUGCAUUAUUUGUGGUUUGGUUGUUGGAAGAAACACAGUAAAGUGAAAGUGUGAAAACAAAUGUACGGAAGGAUUUUUCCUCCUAUGAAGUAUUCGGAUAGUUUGAAAUGAAUCAAAUGAAAAUGAAGAGUGUAUCAAUUGAGAGAUCCUGUUCGCAGAAUCGAUGCAGAGCAGUGGGCCGUGCAGGUGCUGGCUGCGGCAGGCGACGGAAUCUAAUCAUAUGUGGAAUUGUCUUUUCGCUAAUGUUUACAGUCUGUUACAGCAGUCAAGCGCUAGAAUUCACAAUCGAACCAUCGGAUGUAACAGUUCCCGAGGGCAGCUCGGUAACAAUGCAGUGCGCCGGACGGUUGGACCAAAAGGUGCUGCGGGAGGGCAAAGUCGCCCCGAACAUUCGGUGGCGAGGUCCGGAUGGGCAGGAUAUUGGCAUCGUGGGGGACACCUUUCGGUCCCAGUUGGCCAACGGGUCGCUCUACAUUAGCUCGGUUGAGAUCAACCGCGGCCUGACCGGGUUCUACCAUUGUCUGCUCACGGUCGACGGUAUCGGCACGAUCGUUAGCCGAUCGGCGCGGGUCUCGAUAUCUGACAUUCCCGAGAUCAACCAAGACUCGCACGAGAUCUACCUGUACACCGGACAGACGGCGUACUUCAAGUGUAUGUCCAACCCGCUGCUUUUCAGUUUGGAGUCCCGCUACCACGUGGAAUGGUACAAGGAUGAAUCGCCUCUUAGAAUGGAUCUCACGCGGAUGCUGUUGCUCCCCUCCGGAGCGCUUGAGAUCGACGAAGUCAUUCCUGCCGAUCGGGGGACCUACCAGUGCAAUGUCACAUCCGGGACGUUCUCUAGGCUAAGUAGCAAAUCGAACCUAAACAUCAAAUCGACCGCCGGUCAACCGCAGAGCUUUGCACCGCCCUCAUUUGUGAUAGUGCCCCAGCCGCAAACGGUGCGGGAAGGUGAUACUGUAAUAUUGGACUGUGUCGCCAACGGGAACCCGAAGCCGACUAUCAAAUGGCUACGGAAUGGCGAGGAAAUCGAUAUGAACGAUUUGGAUUCAAGAUUUCGGAUAAUCGGUACUGGGUCGCUUCAGAUCAAUUCCAUCCAGGAUACGGAUGCCGGUGACUAUCAGUGUAGGGCGAGCAAUUCGGAAGAUUCUCUGGAUGCUUCCGCAACGGUGCAGGUGCAAGUUCCGCCGAAAUUCAUUCUUAGUCCGGAGGAUAAGAUUGCUUACGAGAAGGAAGAGCUGGAGCUUCAGUGUUCGAUACACGGUAAGCCGACUCCCGUGAUUCAGUGGCUAAAGAAUGGAGAUCUGAUUACACCCAAUGAAUACAUGCAGAUUGUUAGCGGCCACAACCUAAAGAUAUUCGGCUUGAUUGGAUCCGACGCGGGGAUGUUCCAGUGCAUUGGCACCAACCCGGCCGGUAGCGUGCAAGCUGCUGCCCGUCUCGAGAUUGUCGAACCAGGGCAAAUGAAAAGACACAAGAGUAAAAAGUAUCAUCAAAAUCAUUCUAAAAUGAAAUCCUACGAGAAAUCAAUUCACUCCGACCCGAAGCUGUCGAAGGUUGUUCUCGACAGCUUGCUGUCCAAGACGAAAGAAAAAGCAAACGUGAAUCAAAAUAAGUUUCAGUACGAUGAAUACACGGACGACGACUAUUUAGAGCACGAGGAAGACCAUGACGAUGACGAAGAGGACGGAAAAAUUUACUCACUGCGACCGAACGAAGAUCCAAAUAAACUGUACCAAUCGUUGACCGGCUCCCGGUCCACGGAAGAUGAUGGCGAAAUUGGACACUUUUCUAACUCCAACUAUCCCACUGCUGUCACACGGAAAUACCCGAAACUGCUGCUAGAUGGAAGCGGAAAACUUGCCGCACCACUACCGGGACCCCCGAGGGAUCUGCAGGCGCAGAUCGUUAAGCCGCGGUUUAUCACUCUUAGCUGGCUGGAGCCUGUCAAAAAUCCGGACGAAGUGAUCUCCUACUCUGUUUACUAUAAGAUGCACACCAGUGACAGAGAACGAAAAAUUACCACCAAAUCACGAGACGAACAGGAGGUUAACAUUCAGUCGCUCCUCCCUGGCAAAACAUAUCAAUUUAGAGUGGUCGGAAACAGUAAUCAUGGUUCGGGGGAGUCAUCACAAGCGUUGGAGGUACGCACUCAUUCCGAAGACAAUGUGGCUGGUCCGCCACAGAACGUCCGCGGUCAAGCCAUCAGCGAUCGCGAAAUUCACCUUCAGUGGGAACCUCCGCUGGUGUCGACGGCGGAGAUUUCCAAGUAUCGGGUUUAUUAUGCGGAAAUCGACAACGGAGACGAAAUGUACUCUGACACUACAACGACUGAAAUUCUUAUAAACGAACUGCGACCGUACACUGAGUACACUCUCUACGUAAUGCCUUGGAAUCAAAUCGGAAUGGGCGAUCCGUCGCUCGAAAUCGUGGUGAAAACCCAUUCCUCCAUUCCGUCGGAACCUCCGUCGAAUGUAUCCCUGGAGGCAACCAGUUCGACCUCGGUUACAAUUCGUUGGCAACCGCCGCCGGUUGAGGACAGAAACGGACAGAUCACUGGCUACAAAAUUCGCUACAGGAAGAACAAAAAACCGCUGCAGGUGGAGACGACACCCGCAAACGUGCGCCACUGGGAGUUGAAAGGGCUGGAAAGGCUCUCCGCCUAUCAGGUCAAGAUCGCUGCCAUGACGGUGAACGGUUCUGGACCCUUCACCGAGUGGCAUCACAUUGAAACGUACGAAAAUGACCUAGAUGAAUCGCAAGUUCCGGGUCAACCAGGGUGGAUCAAGACUCGUCCUGGUGCCGAAAGCAUAACCGUAGUUUGGGCACCGCCAAUUCAUCAGGAGAUCAAAGUUCGCAACUACAUUCUCGGUUGGGGAAAGGGCAUUCCUGAUGAAGACACCACCGACGUCGAGGAACACAUUCGAACGUAUGAGGUGCGUAACCUGGAACCGAACACGGAGUACGUGAUAUCGCUCCGUGCCAGAAACAACAUGGGGGAUGGUCCACCGAUAUAUGACACGGUUCGAACUCGGGAGGAUUCCCCCAUUGAAGCGCCCACUCCGUUAGAAGUUCCAGUCGGAUUGAGAGCCAUUCCUAUGUCCGGAACUUCGAUCGUGGUCUACUGGACGGACACGACACUUAGCAAAAGUCAGCACGUAACCGAUAAUCGACAUUACGUAGUAAAGUACACGCCUACCGCAUCGACACGUUUCCGAUACUAUAAUACUACCGACCUCAACUGCAUGAUCGGUGAUCUGCGACCCAGUACGCAGUACGAGUUCGCUGUCAAAGUAGUUAAAGGUCACCGAAUGUCGGCUUGGUCGAUGUCCGUCAUCAACUCCACCCAUCAAGCUUCUCCGGUGUCUCCCCCGCGUGAUCUUGUCGUGUCCUACGAUGACCGAAACCCGCUGACAGCCAUUCUACAAUGGCAACCUCCACGUCACAGUAACAGUCCCAUAACAGGUUACGUAGUUCUUUACACCACGGACCACACCAAGCGCGAUCGCGAUUGGAAUGCGGAAGCCGUCGUUGGUGAUAAGACUACAGCUGAAAUAACCGGUCUAGAUCCGCACACAACUUACUACUUCAAAGUUCAAACAAGAAACUCCAAGGGAUAUGGCCUCUUCUCGGCCAUGGUCUCACAGACUACCGGAGCCGAAGUGGACUCAAGUGAAAAUUUAUCUAUGUCAACAUCGAUCUCCCCCGAAAUGGUCUACGUGAUAGUAGCAUUCGCCAUUCUAAUUGCGCUCAUAGCGAUCGUUGUCGUGAUUCUGAUGUGCAGGAAAAAACCCGAAGGAACCCCAGAACAUGCGAAAAAAAGUUAUCAAAAAAACAACGCUGGUAUCAUUAAGCCGCCCGAUUUGUGGAUACACCAUGAUCAGAUGGAGCUGAAAAAUAUGGAUAAAAGUCAGCACAGUACAACACCUGGUUCUGUGGAUGGAGGAGCGUCUAGUAGCGGGGCAUUAACGCUACCCCGUUCAGUCGGAGGGCACGAAUUCGACAGCGAAACUCCGAUUUCGCACGUUACGAACUCAUUAGAUAAGCGGAGCUACGUACCUGGUUAUACGGGAACAACGACCCCACUUAGUUCCACCAUGGAACGACCACAGUAUCCCCGUACCCAGUAUAACAUGGCAUCCCGGCCGCACAUAUCUCUCGAUCAGCAAACUCUGUCCCAGCAGAGUUUACUGCAGCAGCCUCCACAGUUACCACCAGCCAAUUCGUUGGUGCAAACGCCGGAAAAUCCAUACACCUAUGAAGGAAACUACAGUAAUCCAAGCGUCACCUACGCUCCGGGAAUGACGGUGGACGCUCCCAAACGCGGCCAGGGUCACCCGCUGAUGAGCUUUAGUGUGCCUGCACCACCGGCUUCGACGCCAGUGAUUACCAACCAAGGAAAACACGUACAAACGCCCUCUGUCACGAUACGUCCCCAAAACUCGUCACCGUACAAGAAACCCUCGCUGUCGACCAGUUCCCUAACGAACCGACUGCAAACCGGUCCAGCGGUGCAGCAUUCCACCGACGAAAUACAGCGGCUCGCUCCGUCCACCUCGACCGAGGAGCUGAACCAGGAGAUGGCCAACCUGGAGGGACUGAUGAAGGAUCUGAGUGCAAUAACGGCCAACGAGUUCGAGUGCUAAUAUUCGGAGCAACGGGGGGCAACGGCUGCAUGCGUACUAAUUCUGAGUGAGUGAGAGACAGACAGCGAGCGUGAGUGCGAGGAACUGCGUGCUGAGUCCGGUCUGGAAGAACCCCGCCCAGGCCGAUGCUCACUGACAUCAGAAAGUGAUCGAACUAUUAGUCAUUAUUAGUUUAGGAAAGAGCAAAAUCUUUUUUAUUGAUACACUGAUUCUGUAUUUGCUGUGUACUGGUAAGAAGCUAACCUAUCUGCGGAAUGCUCUCUUCCUUGUCUAGAGUUAUCGUAAUAUUCGUUCGAAGAGGGAGGUGUUAUGUACAACAAACAGCAACUCUCCGUAGUUUUAAUCCUGCGCGAGAAUUGUGCUAUUCUUAUUUAUUUAUUUCAGCUGCUUUAAAUUAUAAGUAAAGUAUGUAUGCUGUACUAAUGUCAGUUCAACCGCUAUAUUUUGGUUGUGACAUUUGCUUUUGUCCAUAAACUAAUGCGCAUACUAGUUAGAUAAGUGACGGAAUUAUUGUUGUAAAUAGAAAAAAAAACUGGUAGAGGUUUCCAGGGAUGAACAUUAGAAACUGAUUAUUUAGAUAUUUAGUAACUUUUACUGAAGAUAUUGAAUUUCGUGCCACAUUCGCGGCACUUGCCAUUUUCCUUGACUUUACAUUUUUGAUACGAAUAUAUCAACUUCAUUUACUGUUGUCACUAGAUGUAAUUCCAUUCCCAGUGAUUUUAAUAUAAUUUAAUUCGAUCUUAAUUUUAGCCGAAUGAUUUUAGCAAAUUUUACUGAGUAGUAAGCGAAACAAUGCAUUUACACUAACUGAAAGUGAAUCACUUCAUGUUUUUAACAGUAGCAAACAACUCCGAAAGUGAACAAACAACCAGGGAACAAACAACAAACUUAAAAUCGUCUCAUUAGGCGACUCUAUAUACAUCUACAUAUGAGCUGUGUGUCGAAUAUUGGCAAAACCUCCGAAACCACAGUUUUAUUUUUACAUCAAGACGAAAUCGAAUAUAAAUCAUCAAAGCUAAGCCUUAUAUCUCAAGACAGAACAAAAUAAAUCCAGACACAGCUCAACUCAACUGCCAUACGAUAACCAUUUACAUGUGAAUACGUUAGUGUUUUAUUUUUAUAAUUUCCAAGAUAAUUAUUUCCGUACAGCGCCAUAAAAACAUCACUAUCACUACAGGCCGUAACCGUGUUUUCUCGGCACAUCAUUGUUAUAUUGUAAAUUAUUAAUAACUUCAUACCUAUCUAUCGCAUGUAAAAAAGAAACAAUGAGUGUAGUGCGACGUAUAUUACAUCACCUUAAAUAUUGCUUUCUAACAGAUCUUUAAAAAUUCACUGCUAAGGACAACACACCAAGCCUACAAAUCCUAACUUAUCAUCAUCACAAAUUAACACACAUACACAAACUCGACUCUCACUAAUUUACCACUGAAGCUCAGCCUUACACACAAACACAGACACACUCACAGAAGAAAUCCGAUCAAAUCACUGAACCACACAAUCACACAACAAAAUGCAACCAUAAUCACCUGUUUGUAAUAUACCUAGGAAUCUGACAAUUUUACGAAUAAUUCCAAAACUUUUUAUACGUAUUAUACAAAUUCGAUUUAGUCAUGUCAGUAAGAAAUGGCAGGGUAAACGUGCAGGUUUUUAACCAAAAGAAAUGCCAGAUCGAACACAAAAGAAAAAAACACGAGUGAAGACGAGAAGCAUAACUAAGCCUAACUAGUGUUAUAGGAAAAGUAUAUAUAUAUUGAACAAAAAUCAAACAAUCUCCAGAAACCUUUUUAUUGUCAAACAAAUCGAAACGUUGGUUUCCUUUAUACAAACGAAAAAAAAAAAAAAUUUAAGAGGCAAACUGAACUCGUAGGUUAACUUUUUCGUAUAUCAACCUGUCAUCGAUUGGCUACUAGUUAAAAUCAAAUUUUAAUCGAAUCGUCAUUUUCUCUUCGCCGUAUUUAUUAUCGAAAAAAAAGCAACAAAAGUAAAGGGAUGAAAUUCGACAAACCGUUUCAGUUGGGUUGAUGAUCGAAGGAGGCGCAGAAAAACAUCAACAGCAACAAAAACAAGCAGUAAACUGAAAACAAGCUUCAACAAAACUAUUAAUGUAUGAUACGAUUUUUUGCUACAUAUUGUAUUUGUACAUUGUCUAAGCUGGUACGGACUACAGAAAAAAAACGAACGAAAAGAAAAAUCAUGUGAAUGAAGUAAUAAAAGUAAGGAAAAAUUGGAACAGUGAUA